AUGUCUUCCUCAUCGGAGCCCGACGUCAAGAUGGCACAUGUCAAUCUCAUGACAGACACAAUUGUAGCCAACAUUCCUGAGGAUGGUCUUCGCGCAGUAUUGAGAUCAAUGCUGGCCGUUGAUCCUGCAAUUACGAAGGCAUUCGAGGAUAGAGCCCGAAUUUACUUGACAAAGCAAGCCAAGUCUCCCGGCCAGGAGAUCUUUAUGAAUGAUGGGGAGAAAAUCAGGCUCACGUCAGGCUUCCAUGAACAGCAAGGCAGGAUUCGAGCGAUGCUGGGAUGCGGGCUGUGCUUCGAGAGCAUACCAUUACUGGAGCACAUUGUUGAGCAAGCAUCGGAUCCGGCGAUAUUAUCCAGUCAGAAUGGGAUCCUGGGUCGAGCGUUGGCGAGUAUUGAUGGAGACAUCAUCCAAGCAUUGACGGCUGUUCAGAAACUGCUGCUUGUUGCUUCAGGUUCGAGGCGGUUGAAUGAGACUGAGAUUGUACCAAUUUCUCGACUCCACCAAGCAUUGGUACACGGCCAGAAGCGGCUGUCACCAAACGAUGAUUAUCCUUUUGCACGGAGUUUGUUGGCCCUGCAGCUCUCACAACUACUGCCCGGGACCUCAGAACAGGACGCUCUAGCCUCUGACUCGGUGCGUAUCACUAUAUCGCCGCUCUCUGAAGCCAUUGAGACCUUCACAGUCAACGGACGUGCCCUGCCACGCCUCUUCUCCGGUCUUUGGCAGCUCUCAAGUCCCUCCUGGGGCAUCGCCACACUUAGCCAGAUCAACGCGCAAUUCCACGAAUACUCUUCCCUUGGAUUCACAGCCUACGAUAUGGCAGAUCACUACGGCGAUGCUGAGAUCCUCUUUGGCCGCUUCCGCUCCACAUGUACAAAUCCCAACGCCCUCUUCGGAGCAACCAAAUACUGCGUCUUCACUCCCAUUGAAGUUACAGCAGAGGUGAUCUCCGCUAACAUCAUCGAGCGUUGUCACCGGAUGCAAGCGUCUCACAUCGACUUGCUCCAAUUCCAUUGGCAAGAUUAUAGCGACCCCAAUUACAUCCUUGCGCUGCAGUACCUUCAAUCAGAUUCUCGAAUACAUGCUCUGGGUCUCUGCAAUUUCGACACUAAACAUAUGCUUAACGCCAUCAACUCCGGGAUCAGAAUACAUACCAAUCAAGUGCAAUUCUCUUUGAUCGAUUCGCGGCCCUUGCAUUCUAUGGUGCCCGCUUGCAAAGCUCACGACGUCAAACUCCUCACCUACGGGUCUUUGCUCGGCGGCUUCCUCUCUUCAAAAUGGCUCGACAAACCAGAACCUCUCGACAACUUCUCGCAAAGUAUCACGCCAAGUCAGAGAAAGUACUAUGAGAUGAUUGUGAAUUGGGGAGGAUGGGAGUUGUUCCAAGAGCUACUGCACGUUUUGCAAGACGUCGGCACGAAACACGAUAGGAGUGUGAGUUGUGUAGCGAUGAGAUGGGUGCUAGAUGUAGCGGACGAAGUGGUCGGUGCGGUGAUCGUGGGGACGAGAUGGGGUGUCAGUGGACAUGCGGAGGAGAAUCUGAAGGUCUAUGGGUGGAGACUGGAAGGAGAGGAUAUGAACAAGAUUGAAAGUGUUCUCAGCAGGAGUCGAAGAGCAAAGAUGGUAGAGCUUUUGGGUGAUUGUGGAGGCGAGUAUAGAUGA